AUGGAGAUACGCCUUAAAGUAUGGCACGGCAGCAUCAAUCUCGAAGUGUGGUAUCACGACCAAGUGGCGUUGAUCUGUGGCAAGCGUCAGGGCUAUUUAGGUAGCUAUUUACCCCAAUUGCAGCACUAUUUUGGCCUCGACGAAACCACGAGUGUUUGGCUUGAGACCGAUUACGGCGACCUGUGGCCGUUGGCGUGGCAUAUUCCGAUCGGAACGUUAUAUGACAGCUACGGCGAGCUUCUGGCCGACCACCAGUGGCGGCUACGACUCCAAACGGGCGAGUUACCCCUGACUCUAUUACCACUAAUGUAUGGGCCAGAUUACCAUAAAAACCUCCGAGAAUACCUAUUUGCUCAGCUUAAACAGGCGUGUAUGGUGGUUAACGGGUCGACAAAGGCGGUGAUGCAGCUAUCUACGCACAAUCUGGACCAAAUCUGGCGUGCUAUAUUAGCCACCGAUUGGAACGAUUAUUGGCUGGUGAUCAAUCAGGUGUUGGUGCCAACCACCACCAAAGUUCCGGUAAAGGUGUAUCGAGGCACUCAGGUGAGUCUCAAAGUGGUUAAUGGUGGGAAUUUAGUGGGGAAUGUCCUUGAUGAGGGGGCCAUAGUGCAGGGGAUAUCUCUACCACCAACGAUGACCAUGGCUGAAGUGUGGUUUCAUUUUAAAGGGGUGGAUGGUUUUAUCCAUGUGGUGGACCAUCUCCAGCCAUUGAAGCUCCUAUCGCCCGAACCAGACCCUAACAAUGUGGAUUAA